UUUUGAAACCAGUUGUUUAGAUCUGCCUCUUCUCCCUUCUCAAAAUGAGAAUUGCUAUCUUCCUACAGGCAGCUCAUGGCGGGAUGAUCACGGUGUCUAACAUCACAUACACAGCACGCCGUGAGGACAACGGAUUGUCUCUGAUCUGUGAGGCCUUCAAUGAAGCCAUCCUCUACGCCAAGAGUGCUACUGUGACCCUCCGAGUACAGUAUCCACCUCAGAAGAUCUGGAUUGAUGUGCCACCCCCAGAAACAUGCUUUCGAGCUGGCACCGUAGUCAAGCUCACCUGCUUUGCCAGCGGCGGACACCCUCUGCCUCGCCUCGAGUGGUACAAGGAGAGCAAAGUAGUGAGGGACGGGACAACUCCGGGGUCAUCGGGGAACAUUGUGUCCAAGGAGCUGCUCCUCACCACAACUGCCAGCGACAACAUGGCUGCUUACUACUGCAAGGCAUUUGGAAGUUCCAGAACCCCAGCACUCACUGCAGAGACUCGUCUGCACGUCCAGUUCCCGCCCCUAAGCGCAAAAAUUACGGUGACAGUCAAGGAGAUCAGGCCUGGCCAGUUGGUGACACUUCACUGCAAAUCGGGCAGCAGCAAUCCUCCCGCCAGCCUCACCUGGCUCAAAGAUGGGAAAAGGUUGAAGGCAACUAACCCAGAGCAGAAGAAAGCAGAAUUUGGGGGGUUUUCCACUUCAGGAAAUGUGACUCUGGUGGUGUCAUCUGCAGAUCAUGGGAUGAGAGUAGAAUGCCAUGCAUACAGCUCUGUCCUCUCUGAAGGUGUGAAUACCUUCUACCAGCUCACUGUCCUAUUUCCCCCAGAGUUCUCCUCUGAGCAACCUCUAGUAGUGCAGGCUGUGGAGCACGGAGCUGUCCAGCUGCCCUUGCUGGUGUCGGCCAGCCCUCCAGACAUCACCUAUCGCUGGACCUUCCUUGGUGAGGUACUCUUGACAGAGGGCUCCCCACGGUAUCACCUGCGGGAUGGUGGCUCUCUGGAGAUCUGGAACGUGACCAGGGCGGAUGCUGGCAAGUACAAGAUCUACUGCGAAAACCCAGAAGGCCACAAUGAAACGGCCCUCUUGUUGGAUGUGCAGUAUUCGCCAUCCAUCCGUAGCAUUGGAGACCCAACCUAUGUGGACCUGGGGGGCACAGCUGAGAUUGAGUGCCAGGUGGAUGCCAACCCCACACCUGCAAACAUGUUCCAGUGGAGAUGGCUGAACGAUUUGGAGCAGAGCCUGGAAGAGCUGGGGAUUGAACUGCAGUCGGACGGGCUGGUAGGGCGACUUCGAGUCCAGGAGGCAAAGCGAGCCCAUGCCGGACUCUACGAGUGUCAGGCGGACAAUGGGAUUCCCCAGCAGCAAGGAGUAGCGCCGCUUGAUUGUUCGAUACCCACCAGAGAUCAUCAAGAGCCCUGGACUGAGGAAAGUGGCGGCUUCAGGAGAUGGAGAAGCCAGGCCGCGCUCCAGUGCAGAGCUCGAGGUGUUCCCACUGUGCACUUUAGCUGGGCCAAGAAUGAGGGCUCCCCACGGUAUCACCUGCGGGAUGGUGGCUCUCUGGAGAUCUGGAACGUGACCAGGGCGGAUGCUGGCAAGUACAAGAUCUACUGCGAAAACCCAGAAGGCCACAAUGAAACGGCCCUCUUGUUGGAUGUGCAGUAUUCGCCAUCCAUCCGUAGCAUUGGAGACCCAACCUAUGUGGACCUGGGGGGCACAGCUGAGAUUGAGUGCCAGGUGGAUGCCAACCCCACACCUGCAAACAUGUUCCAGUGGAGAUGGCUGAACGAUUUGGAGCAGAGCCUGGAAGAGCUGGGGAUUGAACUGCAGUCGGACGGGCUGGUAGGGCGACUUCGAGUCCAGGAGGCAAAGCGAGCCCAUGCCGGACUCUACGAGUGUCAGGCGGACAAUGGGAUCUCCCCAGCAGCAAGGAGUAGCGCCCGCUUGAUUGUUCGAUACCCACCAGAGAUCAUCAAGAGCCCUGGACUGAGGAAAGUGGCGGCUUCAGGAGAUGGGAGAAGCCAGGCCGCGCUCCAGUGCAGAGCUCGAGGUGUUCCCACUGUGCACUUUAGCUGGGCCAAGAAUGGUGUGUCCCUUGACCUUCAGAGCCCCAGGUAUACUGUGGCUGCAGAACAUGAGGGCUCCUUGCACACCAGCACCUUAACCAUUGCCAAUGUGAGCGCCGUUCUUGACUACGCCACCUUUACCUGCACAGCCAGCAAUGAACUGGGCACAGAUACCCUCGACAUCCAGCUACUUAGUACCAGCCGCCCUGACCCACCAUCAAGGCUAAAGGUUGUAGGUGUUGCCCACAACUGGCUGGCUUUGGAGUGGAGCCCUGGCUUCGACGGAGGGCUUCAGCAAAGCUUUCGUGUCAGGUACCACUGGCCAGCAGCUCCCAGCUUUAGGUAUGUGGAUGUCUUCCCGCCGCAGUCUCCUGCAUUCACCUUGAUGGGCCUGCGCCCAAACACCGUCUACAAUGUCUCCGUCAAUGCCCGCAAUGCCCUUGGUGAAAGUGACUUUGCUGAUGGUGGGGCAGGACUGAGUGUCACCACUACAGGGAGUGAGGAAGAACCAGUUGACAGAGAACCCAAAACGCCAUCUCUACCUGAACCAGUGAGCCCUUUGCUGCCUCUUCCUCUUGUUGGGCUCCUCAGCACCUUAGGGGUUCUUCUCAUAGUUUCCAACUUGUCCUUCCUGGGCUGUUUACUCUGCCGCCGACAGGUCCGAACUCUCAAAGUUGAUGGAACCCAAGAAGAAGUCAAGGGAAAGGUGAGAUUUGGGAACAACUACGCAGUGAGCAAAUGGCUGAAACUUGGCACACGGCCAGCCCAGCUGGAGGAGCACAGCUCUGAGGGCAGCUCUCCCAAGACAACAUCGGCCGGCUCUGAGGCUACUGCAAGGGGCUGGUCCCAGCCAGGCCGCCACACUGACAGUGAGAUGGAUGCUAGUGUCACAGGGCUUGGUUCUCCAGGUCAGCAUGAGUACGAGGAAGUGAGGCUGCCCCGGCAGUAUGAAGAAAUGAAGCCUCUGUAUGAGAGAUGGUACCCCCCGGAGGAACCGUGGAUUUAUGAGUAUGCUGGUGAUUAUCAGCGAAGCAGAAGAUCAGCGGAUGGCUAUGCGGAAGUGACACAGGUCUACGACCCUGUGGCAGACUUUCUGCCCCUGGAUGGGGAGCUGCCUUUUGAGCAACGAGGGGAGCUGGUCUGAGCAAAAGCUGCAGCAAGGCUGCUUCUGAUCCGUCACCCAGGAUUCGAAUCCGUACUCAGCCAUGAAGCUUUGCUGGGUGACGCCUUGGGCCAGGCAUCGUCUCUCACCCCAACCUACCUCACAGGGUUGUUGUGAGGAUAAAAUGAGGAGGGGGAGGGAAUAAAGAACCCUGCACACCCACCGUGAACUCCUUGGAGGAAAGGUUGCAAUAAAUAAAUCUACCAUAGAUUUUUGAAAGUGA